AUGAGCCGGGGGGGAUACCGUCCACCAGCGCCGGGCACCGCGGCCGCCUACCUGCUCGACCGGAGACCUUCUCAGCGGAGGCCACCCCCACCCUGGGUCGUCCACGAGCAGCAUGUCCUGCCCGAGAUGCCAGAGACCGUGGCGCUUCAGAGGGUGGACGAGCACGGUCGAAAGCUGGACAAGGACGGCGAUCCAAUAGGCGUCUUCUUCGUGGACGAAAGUCGGAAGCCGGAAGAGCCCAAAAAGGAAGCUUACAUCAGCAUCGAGGUGCGGUGUGAGACACAGCCAGAGGAGCGUGUGGCCAUUAGCGGUUCUGACUGGCAGCUGGGCUCCUGGAAUCCCAAGGAGUCCUGGUACCUCAACACCUCGCCCGAGACGUAUCCUCUCUGGAAAGAUCGGAUCCCCAUGCCGUCGCCCGGGGGACAGUUCAAGGUUUUCAUCAAGAACACCGUGGGCGAGUUCUGCUGGGAGCCGCUGCCUUGCAACAGAACUUGGCCGAAGUCGGGACUGGCGCCGGACACCCAGGUGAGGCUGGUGUACGGGGAGAGUGGCAUCUCCACCCUCUCCCUGGGACGGUCUCGCGAGAAGAGCAAGGAGAAGGAGGAUCCUCCGGAGCGAUCGUAA